AUGCUGCUCAGUCGUACCCGAUCAAACGCGGCCGGCCACAUUGCCAUCGACGACGGUUUGACCAAAGACGUGACGUCAGGAAAUGUCGGAGCAGAUGGAAGAUUCGAGCUGUGCUUUCAUCAAGAUGCCGGGAGCCUGGCGACGUGGUGUAAGAACCUCCAAGAAUCGUCGAAACGAGUGCAGACUGGCCCUUGCUCUACUCCUAUAUGUGGGAGACGCAAAUCGACUGGCGGUUUCUGCCCGCCGCUGAAUAUCGCAAUACACAUCGUUGGCUCUCGCGGCGAUGUUCAACCUUUUAUUCCAAUCGCCCAGAUUCUCUCUAAACCACCCUACGGUCAUCGAGUACGCAUCUGUACGCAUCCCGCCUUCAAAGACUUUGUCGAGUCCCAGGGUAUCGAGUUCUUCAGCAUUGGCGGCGACCCCGAGGCGUUGAUGUCCUACAUGGUGAGGAAUCCAGGCUUGGUUCCCAGCCGGAAAAGUGUCAAAGCAGGUGACAUUGGAAAGAGAAGGGACGAGAUGUGGGAGAUUAUCAAUCGUGCUUGGCGAAGCUGCAUCGAGGCUGGUGAUGGAAUGGGAGAGCCAAUCAAAGCGACAGAUGUAGAGAAUGUUGAGGACCUCUUUCUUGCAGACGCCAUCAUCGCCAAUCCGCCCUCCCUUGCACACAUCCAUUGCGCUGAAAAACUAGGAAUUCCAUUGCAUAUGGUCUUCACAAUGCCGUUUUCUCCCACUACUGCCUUUCCGCACCCUCUGGCUUCGAUGAACUACAGCGGCACGGAUCCCAAAACAGCCAACUACCUUUCCUUUAUCAUGAUGGAGUUGCUGAUGUGGCAAGGUCUUGGGGAUUUGGUCAACAAAUUCCGCCGCCAGAAACUCGGGCUCGAUACUAUCAGCAUCAUGUGGGGAUUCCAACUAUUAUCCAGACUCCGCGUGCCUUAUACCUACCUCUGGCCCGAGUCUCUGAUCCCAAAGCCACCCGACUGGGGCUCGCAUAUUGAAGUUGCUGGAUAUUCGUUCUUGAAGCUUGCGAGUUCAUACACCCCUCCGCCGGAAUUGACAGCUUUCCUAGAAAAAGGGCCAAAGCCUAUAUAUAUUGGGUUUGGAUCAAUUGUGGUCGAAAACCCGGACGCUCUUUCUGACCUCAUUUUUGAAGCUGUCAAGAUUGCGGGCGUUCGUGCCAUCAUCAGCAGCGGAUGGAGUCGUGUAGGGUCCAAGUGUAAUGUACCAGAAGAGAUAUUCCUGAUUGACAACUGUCCGCAUGACUGGCUCUUCCAACACGUCUCGGCAGUAGUUCAUCAUGGAGGUGCUGGUACCACUGCUGCAGGCAUCGCAGCCGGUCGACCCACCGUCAUUGUCCCAUUUUUUGGUGAUCAGCCCUUCUGGGGGCAGAUGAUUGCCCGCUCUGGAGCUGGACCUGAUCCAGUGCCAUUCAAAGACUUAACGGCGGAAGUCUUGGCCGAGAGCAUAUCGUUUGCAUUGAUGCCCAGCGUUCAAGAAGCUGCACAAUUAAUGGCGGAAGAUAUUGCUGAAGAGAAUGGUGCUGAAGACAUGGCAAAGAGCUUCCAAGACCGCAUUGGAUUAGACCAAUUUGAGUGUGAGAUAUGCCCAGGUCGGCUGGCCACGCAUCGACAUAAGAAAACAGGGACCCGCCUAAGUGGCUUUGCUGUUUGUUGCCUUGUUGAUCGGGGACUUAUACAGCCUCCAGAGCUCGAGAUCAUACGACGCAAGAACUGGUACGUCGAUGAAGGCGUUGAACAUCCCCUCGUUGGAUUUACAGCCGCGUUCACCGAUCCCAUGGUGGAUGUUGCUACAGCAACUUUCGAUUACUCUCAUGCUUUGAGGAAUAGGCCUCAGCAUACAAAACAUGAGGAUAGAAGGCAAUCAUGGAUAGAUCCCUGGGGCGACAAGAUUGGGAAUGGUUCGGUAGCGAGUAACGGAACCUCGCCAAGCCGUCGAAUCAAUCCCACCACCUUCACCAGGAGAGAGAUGGAACUAUACGCCCAGAAAGUGGCAAGGAAGUCGUUAAAGACAAACAAUGCUGACGUUGACACCCUGAUCCGACAGCCAUCCUUGUACGAUAAGCAAAAGGCUGCCUGGCAUGCCCGAGAAAGAGGCCGAAAUGGCCACUUAUUCUAUCUGACACGGGCAACGGGUCGAUAUGCCGCUGAGCUCACCAAAGUUGGUCUGAAAGUUCCCGUGGCCUUUUUUUACAACAUUGCAAAUGGAUUUCACAAUUAUCCCUCGUGUGGCUACGCAGGAGUUGAGGUUCGGCGUCGAGACCAGAUUAUCGAUUUUGAAACCGGCAUUGUGGCUGCCGGAAAGGAGUUUACCCUUGGGAUAUGGGAGGCGUUUAGUGGAGUGGUUAUUUUUCCCUAUCAAAGUGUCCAUGAGGAAGGUGCUAAAGGAAUCGGAAAAGGCGUAUGGCGUGGCUCAAAAGGUUUCUUUUCUAAUCUCGGUGCUUCUGCCUUCGGACUGCCAGGUUAUACACUCAAGGGAGUGGAAAAAGAACUGCAAAAGCAUCACAUCACCAAAUAUAAGGCCGAGAUCAUUCUGAUUAGGCUACGCCAGGGGAUUGAAGCCUUCCGCAGGUCCUCUCAGCAGGAGAGGGAUAAAGUUAUUGGGUGUUGGAAGGCCCACAACUGCCCCAAAAAGCAGUCUUGA